AUGAAACUUAUAGUAUGUAACGAACUUCAAAGUAUAGAUACAACAAAAGUUUUAAACUCAGAUGCUUUGAAGAGUCUUAUAACAGACAAAGUUGGAGUUGUUGAAAGAAAAUAUAAAGACCAAAGAGUUUGUGAAAAUGUUGCAAACUUCAUUAUGGUUUCAAACAAUGUUGUUCCGAUGAAGUUAGAAAGUUCUGACAGAAGAUAUGUAGUUGUCAGAACGUCAGAUUCUCAUAUGCAAGAUACAGAAUAUUUUGACGACUUAGCAGAAACUUUGACAUCUGACUUUUACAACCACUUGUUCUCAUAUUUUAUGACAUUAGAUAUUUCUAAGUUCAAUCCAAGACAAAUUCCACAUACCGAAGAGAGACAAACAUUGUUAGAAGCAAACAAGAGUGUAUAUGAACUGUUCUUAGAUGAAACUGACUUUGAGUGUUUAGAUGAAAGGUCAUUGUACGAUUCGUAUAAACAAUAUUGUCAAGAAUAUGGUUAUAUGGCAGCUUCUAAACGAACAUUCUUGGCAAAUGUCAAAAGUCUUUUAGACGUACAGAAUGGUGUAUAUACAAAGAAAAUUUUUUAUGAGUAA